CAUCUGUACUGCACCAAUGAGCAACAGCACUGAAGGUGGGUGGAGACUUUGGAGGGCUAUCAAGACUGUCUAGAGCAGUUCCCCACUGUAUUACCAGGUACUGGUAGAUGUAUUCCAAAGAACUGUAGAGGAGCACUGCAGGAGCACGCCCAGGGCUCCUGCUCGUGCUGCUCCGGCAUCGGCUGGCAGUGCCAUCUUCCCUCCCUCACCUCUGGAAAUGUUUUCCUUGCUGGCAGCCUCUGGCAGAACAACUCUGGGAACAGUCCUGUGACCUGCAGGCUCUACAAGGGUUUUGUUCGUUACCAAGAGGAUUUCCCUCAUCAAAGGCAAUGGAUUACAAAACACUACCUGUGAACGAAUGGGAUGAGACCCAUGUCCGAGGCUGGCUAGAAUCUACUGGAAUCAAGCAGGAGUAUGUAGAAAAACUCUGUGCAGAAGAAGUGACAGGUCCCGUGCUGAUGGAAGUGGAUGAGGCUUUCCUCAAAGGCAUAGGUAUGAAGGGAGGCCAAAUCCAUAUGUUAAUCCGUAAGAGAAAUGAACUUCGGCAGCUCCACCUUCACACACAGCAAGCCAAGCGUUCCGGCAGCACAACAUCUGACAUGGCCAACACACAGACAACUCUGGCUGCACACAAAGCUCCAGCAAGACCCAGUUCCACCAGCACAUCUGACACAGCCAACACACAGACAACUCUGGCUGCACACAAAGCUCCAACAAGACCCAGUUCCGCCAGCACAUCUGACACAGCCAACACACAGACAACUCUGGCUGCACACAAAGCUCCAACAAGACCCAGUUCCGCCAGCACAUCUGACACAGCCAACACACAGACACCUCCGAAUGCAUACACAGCUCCAGCAAGACCCAGUUGCACCAGCACGACAUCUGACACAGCCAGUGCACAGACAGAUCCAGGAAGAUGCAGAAAUACCUCAGCUCUAAACACUUCAACUGGAGACAGCUGUGAUCCAGCAGAUAAAAGUAGCGAAGAUGACACAAUUUCCAAGUCUAGCAGGAAGCAAAGGAGAAGUAAAAGUUCCCAGGUUAAAAGCACUGAUGAAACUUUGCAGCUCAGCAACUUCCGCCCAUUUGGAAGCCAGGACAGCGAUUUCAAAUACGUGAAGGACACAGUUCUGGCUCCAGAAACAGGAGUCAAUGAUUUAAUCACUCCUUGCCAUGAAUACAAAUCAUUUGCCAUUGCUGCAGAACUGAACAAAUCCCAGCUACAAUCCAAAUUUGCCAGUGAAGUGAUAAGAUUUGCUUCAGCCUGCAUGAACAUCCGAACAAACGGCACCAUCCACUUUGGAGUCAUGGACAGCGUUGAGGACAAGGGCUGGACACACGGCCAGAUCAUUGGCGUCAGGGUCAGAGAGCGGGAGCACUAUGUGGACGCACUGGAUUACAUAGAAAGAUGUUUCUCUGAAGAUGUACAAGAAAUUGCAAGGAAAUGCAUCCACCCACCUGUUUUUGUUGAAGUGAUUUCAAGAGACUCUGUGGAACAAAGAUUUGUGGUGGAGGUUGACAUUGAGCCCACAUCCAGUUUAGUGAAGAACAGCAUCUUCUUUGAAGUGCGUUUGCCAAAAUCCGAGGACAGCCAGAAGGUGACCCUGACAAAAGACAGAGCUCUCUACCAGAGACUGGGAGCAAAGUCUGAACGCGUAGAGCACAACAGGCUGGCUACUUUCAUUAAGGAUUUAAAGGAGAGGGACGCUCAGAGAGAGAAAGCCGAGCGCUCCAGAGCUCAAGCGCACACAGAAAUACCUCCUAAUUUAGGGAGAAAGUUGGCAAUUUUACUGAACGAUGGCAAAAGCUACAUGGAUGAUUCUCUAUGGUACAUCCUUGUGGCAAACAGAUGUGAGAAAGACAAUCUGAACUGCAUCAACUUUUUAAUGCAUCUGAACAUUUUCUGUGUCUUUGACUUUGAUGAAGACUCCAACGUGUCAGGGCUGUACAGUAAGUACAAAGAGCACCAUGCCACAAGGUCUUAUUUUCUACAAGACUUCUGCAAUGAGAGUAAGACUGGCAACCCUCCCCAUCAGAAGCACUUGAGCCUCUUUGAUCAGACCAGCUGGGUAUUCUGCAAUGGGCGCAGCGACUUUCAUGGGGGUGAAAAGCCUUGUGAUGAAAAUACGUGGACUAGAACAAAAAAGAAGUAUCUUAAGAAAGCAGUUACUCAAAUCUGCGAUGAGAUUCUGCCCAAGGGGUCUUUCAUUGUGCUUUUCCUGUUGCUCUCACCAGUGCAGAAGCCACUUGUGGACACCUUUGAGGAGUUCUACACGGAGAUGAACGGCACUGAGUACAUUGUCUGCAUUGCAGAGUCCAAAGAGAAUUACUACAAGUGGGCUAAUCGAGCUCAGGCAUCCUGCAGCAUCAAGACACUAGAAAAAUGCAGCGUAGUGGGUAUGAGACUGAGUCAUGUGGAUGCCACUAUUCAAAAAAUGCUGCCUUCUACAGCGUGGCCCAGGCAUCUGCCAGUUUCCACUAGAGGGCUGUGUGCACUUCCCUCACUGGAAGAAGAGAAGAUGUUUUCCCUAGAAAUCCUCUGUACUGACCAAUGUGAUGAUAUCAAAUUAGAUGUUUUGACUGAAAAACAAAUACAAGACAUAGAACAAAGUUUUUACCGAGGGAAAAAAAUCACCUGGGAGAACCUCUGGCUUGCUGAGAAGGGACGCUGCGGGGAAAUCAUUGAACGUGAAGCAUGCAAGGAUGCCAGCAAACUCCUGGAGGACAUUUUACAAGGAAGCAGAUUCGAUUAUUCUGCAUCUAAACUAAAGAUAUUUCACCAUCCUGGAAGUGGAGGAAGCACAAUAGCACGGCAAGUGUUGUGGAAAAAAAGAAAAGACGUAAGAUGUGCUGUUAUCAAAACCUCAUAUUCACCUACAACUGUCUGUGAGCAUGCACUUGCAUUUAGGGACUAUGAAGAGAAAGAUUUUAGUCACUGCCUGCCUGUACUCCUACUAAUCGAAGAUUAUGAAGAUGACUAUGUAGAAGAACUAAGGAAUGAGUUAGUGGAUGCUGCAGCAACUAGAAAAAUGAAUUCCCCCAGACCUUACUUCAUCCUCUUGUGCUGUAGACGAUCUAAUGACCCCAAAAGACUUUGCAAGGCUUCUCCCCUGGACACAGUUGCUGUCACUCACAAGCUGACAGACUCAGAAAAGAGUCUGUUCAAAGCUAAACUUGAAAAACUGCAGCAGAAGGAUAUCAGGCCAGAAUUCAUACUCACCUUUGUCCUGAUGUGCGAGGAGUUCAAUGAAACAUAUGUGAGGGACUUUGUAGAGCACAUACUGCAAGGCAUCGACCGUUCCUCUCGUGACACGUGCUUGAUGUGCUACGUGGCUUUGCUCAAUUUUUAUGUACCCAAUUCCUAUCUUUCCUUGUCACACUGCGAGGCUUUUCUGGGACUGGGUAUAUACACAGAAAGGAAAUCCAGAAUACAUGAGUUUAAAAAUCACUUGAGUGAUCAAGCAAGAAUGAUCUUUAUUGAGCUCAGGGAAAACACCACCUACAUUUCCUCUGUUCGGAUAAUACACUGUCUAGUUGCAAAAGAAAUACUGCAGCAGCUUUCAGGGAAUCAACCUCAAAGUCAACUUGCAAUGACACUUCUUCAGGAAAAGACACUUUUUGACAACAGAUUUGGACGAGAUGAAUUCAUAAAGUUCAUCAGAGACCUGUUUAUUCGGCGUGAUAAAAGAAGCAGGGGUGACAGUACUGACACCCUUUUCUCCCCAUUCAUUGAGCAGGUCUGUAAAGCUGAAGGCUGUGAAAAAGCUAUUGCAGUUUUAAAAGCUGCCUAUGAAAUCCUUGGUAAAGAUCCUUUCUUUGCCCAGCAGCUUGCCAGACUGCACUACAACAACGAGAAGUUUGAAGAUGCGAAGUACUGGGCAGAGGUUGCAAAAUCUCAUUUACCAAAUGAUUCUUAUAUUUUGGAUACAGAAGGUCAAGUCUACAGGAAAUGGUUUAGUUUCAGAGUGGAUAAACAGACAGAGGAGGACACUCCUGAGGACAUAAUUGAAAAGAUAGGGAUUGCUCUUAAAUCUAUGGAGUGCUUCAGAGCUGCACAACGGGCUGCGAAUGCAGACCGUGACAGCAUGAACAACGCUGGCUAUUUUGGAGAAGUAGAAGUAGGAUGUCGCCUUCUUCGCUUCCUGUCCACAGUCCAUGUGUUCCGCAGAAAUCCAGAGGGGGAAUAUUCAGAGCUUGUGAAAUACCUGAUCACAGAUUACAUUCCUGAAGACAUUAAAAAGCCAUGGGGAGCACUUCACCGACGUUUAAAAGGCUUACGCCAGAAUCUCUUCAAUGCUCUAGAAUGGAUUUCAGAAGACCUAAGUUACUUCCAAACAGAUAAAACCCAGGAGAAGGAAGAGGAAGAUGAAAAAGAUGAGAAGGAGGAACAAAUCUAUAAUCCCAGAAAAUGGCUAAGACGACAGUCUGAAGUAUAUGCCAAAUUCUUUGUCUCAUCACUUACUGAGGACAGCAGUGGUGGCCCCACGAGCCAGCUGACUAGACGCAUGACUAUAUACAAGAGCGGUGGAGGCAGUGUCACCAAUAUCCUGUCAUUUUUAACAGACAAGAAGGAGAACAGGUCAGCUGAGAAGCUAGAGAAGAUCCUCAGUUUCUAUACAGAAGACCCUCGAAGGGACAAGCUGGAGGACUAUGAUCUGAUCAAUUAUAUUUUGUGCCACAUCACAUUAGCAUGCUUAGCACCAGGAUCAGGCAAACUUCUUUCACUGCAAGUACUUCGUGAGCUCAGUUUAAGAUUCUUUAAAAGAAAAGGAGUGUUUCCAGCAAGUGCCUAUUUUUUGCUCACCUUGCUGUACUGGCCAGAUGAAGCAUUAGACAAAGAGCCUAAUCCAGAUAAAGACGACAUUCUAAGCUCAGCCCUUCAAACCCUGAAACGUUUAUAUGACAUCAAAAUGAAAGAUGUCCCCACCAGAAAGAAAAGAAUCUACACCCACUUUUUUCUAGGAAAGGGUUAUGGCUUAGCCAAGAUUGUGCACAAAACUAAAAUUGAUAAAUUGAUUCCUGGGUCCUUAGAUGAGAGGAGAAUGAAAUGGCUGCAUGGAACCGUGUGGAAUCUUCACAGGAUCCGUGAAAAUCUCAAAAGAGUUUCUGGCUGGACCAGGGACAGGAAUGUAUUUAUACGUGGUCACAUGAAGGAGCUUCCUAUUUUGCCACUCCAUCGUGACUCAGUGCCCCUUGGAAAUGAAAAUGUGACCUUUUAUCUAGGCUUUUCAUUUAAUGGUCUUGUUGCUUUCAAUAUUGAGGUUGAAAAUAACCUAGGUGGCAGCAGAACAUAAGGUAUAUUAUCAGUUCCUACAGGCUGUGCACUGACAUUGUUCAUUGACACACUUAGAGGACUGUGUUGGCUGAACACCAGUUAGCAAGAAAACCACAGUUCGCUACCACGAGUGGCUCAAAAAAAAUUUAACCCACCACUGAGGUAUACCUUGAAACAGAAGCUUUUGAGAAUCUUUGAGACUCUUUUUUAACGUUUCAAAGGCAGCAAUAAUUGUGGUAUUUGCCUGAGGACCAGGAAGGCAAGAAAAGUCAUUCUUUCCUCUGCUAUUUGGACAAUGGAGCUCUGGGACAGACAGGUAUAGCGGCAAAUACCUUGCUUUUCAGCUCACUGAUCAGGAUCUAAAAUUCAUUGCUGAGUAGUCCUGAUCAAUAACAGCAUUUGUCCACUCUAAUGUUUUUCCAUACUCCUGAAUCAGCAGCAGUGUCAGUGAACUUAAAACAUGUAUACAACACACCUGUAACAUACUCAGCAACAUGUACCAUGUGUGUGACUCUGCAACUGCCACCCAGCAUGCAGUACAGCAGCAGAGGGAUGGUAUGCACGUUUUAACCUCACUUUGCAAACCAGGAUCAAUUAAAAAGACCAACAAACCCCAGGUCUUUAAGACUGCAUCUCCACAGAACUGCAAAGCACACCAGAUGCACCUGGGGAUGGUUGUGGAGACAUCUGAGCAGUUAAACAGUGGUGACAGAUGAUUGCUUCCAUGCUGCUUCAGUCCAAACAAUUCUAGUACAUGGUGAAACAGUUUCUGGAGCACUGUCUCAGAAAUGCCCAAACAGAACACAACUCAGGAGCCUGAGGGGUGACCUCACUCAUGUUUAUAAUGAUGUGAAGGGCAGUGCUGGGAGGACACAGCUAGGCUCUGCUCAGGGAUGUCCAAUAAUAGGACAAGGGGCAAGCUGGAACAGGUGGUUCCAUGGAAACAGAAGGUAAAAUUGUUUCACUGUGGGGGUAACAGAGCCCUGGAGCAGGCUGCCCCGAGAGGUUGUGGUGUGUCCUCUGAAGACAUUCAAAACUCACCUGGAUGUGUUCCUGUGUGACCUGCUCUGGCAGAGGUGCUGGACUCAAUCUCUAGAGUCCUUUCCAACCCCUAACAUUCUGUGAUUUGACUCUGGUGCACAUUCAUGCUGGAAAACAUUGUAUAUCCUGGUCCACUAACUUGAAAAAUGCUAAGUUUCCUGUCUGAAUGCCACCAUUGUGACACGUUCUACUCCUACAGCUGCUUGCUGUUCCUGGAGUUUCACUGUUUGUACUCUAUUGUAACGAAAAUUUCCACAAAAUUCAUCACAUGGCUUAAGUCUUACUGUUUUUAAGCUGAGCAACAACCUUUGGGAAGAAUUACUGUUUCCACACAGGCUUAAUUACCCUACCUGAAGAUGCAGUUCUAACAGUAGCAAGAAAUGAUUUGCUUUUCCAACUUCUGCCAAGAUACAGGCACAGCCAAAAACUGUAAAAGGAAUUGCAAGAGACUGUGAAUUCAAAGCAAACAGGAUGAAACCAGAUUAUUCUCUCUAGUCUAAGCCUUCACCUUCUUGCCUGGGGAAGCAGAAGCAAAGCAGAUAGCUGCAGGGCAGCAACACCUGCCUCCUCACCUUCAGCCCACAACAGUGCAGUUUUGCAGCCCUCUGGGCCAUGCUGUCUGUCAGGAGCAAGUAAUGUUGUGUUGUUCUUUUGGCUACAAGUGCAGGAGGGUGCCUUUUGAAUCUCAGGACUUAGCAGGAGGUACUCUUUUAUCCUUCUCACCCCUCAUCCCUGUAAAAUUCUAGCCCAAUUCUAACUCCACUUCCCUUUGCUCCUUCCAUGUAUCAAGUGGCUGAGUGAACCUUACCAAUGAAUUCUGUUAAGUCACGUUUUCAUGAAUUGUAUUAAAAAUAACUUUUGCCAAUA